UUUAAUAAUGCUUUAUCAGGGACCCCCACCCCCACCCCUACCCCCACCCCCAGAGCAAGUUAAGGAUUGGGAGUGGGGCUUAUAAUAUUUUUGGGGGAGAGGGCUAAACAUGCAAAGACAAAAAACAAGGUUAUUUUUGUAUUGUUUUAAGUGCAGUUUUGAAGAAUAUUGGAAAGGCUAUCUCAUCCGCCCGUUUCCGCGUUAUCUGUACUUUUUUAUAGAAAUUAAACAUCGCUUGUAGAUUGUCUUUUUCAGUAAUUUUUGAGAUUCUAAAAACAAACUUUCACCUCGUGUAUUUUUGGAAUGUUUUUAGUAAUCUUAAUCUUUUCCAAUGCAUCGCUGAUGGUAGGUUUAUACCGAUUUAAAUUUUCAACAACAUCUAUUGGCUGGCUACCUUUCUUAGGUUGCAAUAUCAUUGGAUAUCUUGUAACGCCGUUCAAAGAUCAUUGCAUGAUUUUGUCAAAUCCUCCGAAUCUUGAAAUAUUUUUUGAAAGAAAUAUUUUCUCGAAUAAGUGUGGAAGGAAAUACUGAAGUCCUUUCAAGAAAGCUGUGUGUUACAAACGCCGACACUUCUGUCUGUUUUCCCCUCUCUAGAUUCCUUGUAGAAUUCAUUUGCUUUGACGCUCUUGUUUUGGGUAACCAUCUACAAUUUCUCUGUAGGUGUUUGUUCGCUUUGCCUCGUAGAAGCGCAAAUUUUAGAACAGCAAAACUCUACAAACGUUAACUUUGGACUAAAAUUUUUCAACAUGAGAUCGAUCUAAAGAACUUUUUAAAACUUUCUUGAAGUAUGUUUCGUAGGCUCUAUUGUAAAAACAGUAUGUACUUUCAAAAGUUUUAUUGCAGUAUAUUUAAGUUAAAUGUUGGGUUAUUUGUUAAGCAAAGACCAGCUGACCUCGAAGCCUCUAUUGCACUUGGCAAUCUCGAUCGCAUUUGUGACGAAUCGUAUCAUUAUCUAAUAUGACGUCACAUCAAUUUACGGCUCUUUUAAACUGCAAGUUUUUUAUUAUUGUUCUUUGAUUGCUUUUGGUAAUUUAUCGAAAGGUGUUGUGUGUUGAAAGUGAGAAUCGGUAAACAUGAGUUUAACGAGAAAUCAGAAAGUAAGAAAACGCGACAAAGAUCGUAUUUCUUUGUUACGCGAUGAGCUAGCUGCGUUGAGUGAACAUACAGCAGCCGUGACUGAAUCGAAUACCUCCUUGGAGCGAGAGAAGGAGCAUUUGGUUGUGUUGAACAACCAGCUCAUCGAUCGGGUGAAGUACGAGCAGGAGCAACAACGCCCGUUUGCUCAAGCCUUUAUGGUAUGUUGUUGAUCUGCUCAAGUUUUUCAAUUUAACUGUUUUUCUAUAUUCGAAAAUUUUUUCUGAAUAAAAGGCGCAAUAGUAUAAAUUCUGAGAUUGUUCACGAGCUUUGUUGUUUGAUCAUGGUUUUGAGAAAAAUAAUAACCAGAGAUGUAAAGAUAUAGUUUGUAGAACAGAAAAGAAUAGAGGUAUACGAUGAUUUUGUUUAUUCAAAAUGAGCAAAUAAUCAAAUUAUUAUUAAAGUAUAAAUAGUUUGAAUUUAAACCUAAUGAAAAUUUGUUUUAUUUCAGACAUUCAAAAGUCGACUUGAUGCAGAUAAGUACAAAGAGUUGGCGGGAUUAGCUUUGGAUAGAAAGGUAUCAAAGAUGGCAAAAAAUGUAGAAAAACUUGGCUGGAUUCAACUGCUAGCUUGUAAGCAGAAGAAUGCAGUACCAUCUGCAUGCUCUUUGAUUUCUGCAAAGCAGAGUGUCAUUGAAAAGGAUUCUGGUCUUGAGAUCCAAGAAAAAGGCCCUUUGCGCGAUGACAGUGAUAAGUUUAAAGCACUGAGCGAGAAUCUCACAACUGAGAUCGCGAUUUUAAGGGCACAAUUGGAAGAAAAGGCUGCAGAGGUUGAUGAGUUAGCCGAAGAUCUGGAUGCAUCCGAAAAUCAAUGCCAGGCACUGCAAGAUCAUUCAUUGCAACUGGCAAAUAAAGUGACAGAGGUUUUGGAUGUGAAUUUUGGCCUUGAAUUUGAUAUUGAAGUGAAAGAGAAUGAAAUUAAGGAGAUUAAUGCUAAUUAUCAGGACAAACUAAAGGCAAUGGCAGAGAAGAACACUCAUAGGUUGAUGCGAGAAAAAAUGAAGUGGAACAAAGAAACUCGAUUGCUAACAGCCAAAGUAAACGAGAAAGAACAGGAGAUUAAAGAACUGAAAGCAAAGGAACAGGCAAUGCAUGUUACAAUAAACGUCUUGUAUAAGGCCAUCGACAUUACAUGUGCUCGUGAAUCUCAAAGCUAUCUGAAGAAGAUUCAUUGUCUAGAAGAUAGCCUAGGAACAGCAGAGGAAUCCAUCAAGGAACAGCAGAAGAAGAACGAUAAAAUGGAAAUGGAAUUAAUCGAGCUGCAGCGUAAGGUAGAAUUCAUGCAGGACGAAAAAUGUAAGAGAGAAAAGGUUAUCGAGGACCUCAAAGCUAAAUCAACUAAGCUAAGUAGCAAAAAGGCUGAACUGGAAAGAAGUCUUGCGGAUGAAAUGGAUGCUCGUACGAAAGACAAUGCCUCGUUCUCCGACAAAAUUGAUAAGCUAGAGAAGGAAUGCAAAGAAGCAGACCGAGUCAAUAGCAUAUUGGAAAGCGAGGUCACGGCUCAUAAAGACAGAUACCGUUCUAGAGAGAACGAGAUAAAGAACUUAGAGACUCAGAUGGGCUUUCUUGAUAGAAGGAUGGAAGAGAAAGAAAUUCUCAUCGAGCACCUGCUUGCCAAAAAGCGAAGAGGGUUUUUCCGAAGACUUUUAUGUUGCUGAUUUUAUUGUAGCGAACUGAAUGGACAGUGAUAAAUAAUGAUUUGCUGUCCAAAUUUGUUGACAAUUUUGAAUUUUCUUCUUGAUAUAUGGAUAUACUGUAAAAAAUAAUAAGCUGUCUUUUAUCUGCGUCCUUGUACUGGUGUGGUGUUUUCUAAAAAAGUCAUCUUGAUCACAAUCUUCGUUAUCAACACAUGUUAAUAAAGUAUUUUGUUGUUAAUAAAGAUUUAGAUAGAUAGAUAGAUAGAUAGAUAGAUAGAUAGAUAGAUAGAUAGAUAGAUAGAUAGAUAGAUAGAUAGAUAGAUAGAUAGAUAGAUAGAUAGAUAGAUAGAUAGAUAGAUAGAUAUAUAGAUAGAUAGAUAGAUAGAUAGAUAGAUAGAUAGAUAGAUAGAUAGAUAGAUAGAUAGAUAGAUAGAUAGAUAGAUAGAUAGAUAGAUAGAUAGAUCAACUUUAUUUACAGAGGAUAAACCUGGUUAGCCUAAUAACUAAUCUUCCCCAGGGUCCUCUCUACUAACUACGCAAUAAGAAUAUAAUACUAUUAUUUUUAAGUGUCCUUUAAGUUUCUAAAGAGCCUAGUAACAAUUUUGUUAAAAGUAAAGUUUAAGUAUUUAAAUCUGAAACGUCAAGGUAAUGCUGAUACACUUUUAACUGGUAAUACCUUACUCACUAGGUAGACAACAUUUUACA